CAGUUUCAAAGAACAGAGUGAGUUCUGCUGACGCUUGAAGACAGUGAGGGGAAAAAUAACUAAGAAAUUAAGAAAUUCUAGAAACCUCUCAUCAGAGAGUCUUUAAACCGUGAGGACCGUGAAUAAAUCAAUUGUUCAAAAUCAAUUUCCCAAAGUUUCAUAACUUUUGCAUUGACCUUCAACUUUUCUUGUUCUCUGCGGUUAUUCGCUCGCAAUGAAUCCACAAUCACCGGACCCUCCGCUUCCGGCGUUCUCCCCACGGUUCGCGCUCAUGACGGGUUCGCAACGGAAAAUCGCGAUCGCGGUGGAUCUGAGCGACGAGAGUGCUUACGCGGUGCGGUGGGCGGUUCAGAACUACCUCCGACCGGGCGACGUGGUGAUCCUUCUGCACGUGCGUCCCACGAGCGUACUGUACGGCGCGGACUGGGGCUCGGUGGAUCUGAGCGUGGCGGAGGAGGGCGGCGCUGGCGGCGACGGCGGCGACGAGGAGUCGCGGCGGAAGCUGGAGGACGACUUCGACAACUUUACGUCGACGAAGGCGAGCGACGUGGCGCAGCCGCUGGUGGAGGCGCAGAUACCGUUCAAGAUCCACAUUGUGAAGGACCACGACAUGAAGGAGAGGCUGUGUUUGGAAGUGGAGCGCCUCGGGCUCAGCGCCGUCAUCAUGGGAAGCCGCGGCUUCGGCGCAUCCAAGCGAGCCGCCAAAGGAAGGCUCGGCAGUGUCAGCGAUUACUGCGUGCACCAUUGCGUGUGUCCCGUUGUGGUCGUGCGUUACCCCGAGGAGAACGACAACGGUAGUGGCAACGGUAACGGCGGCGAUGUUCUGGUUGGGGAACAGGCGGAGCUUCCGCCUGUGCCUGAGGAGGAGCACGAGGUGUAUCAUGAUGCUUCCGAUGAGCACAGAGAUGCUUAAGGAGAGUAUAGAGCAAUGUUUAUAUCCCUACUAACUUCAGGAACUGCUCACAGCAGCCAGGCUUGUGUCAAAUGAAGAAGAAUGUAUUAAACUUGAAAAGUAUCUUCUUUGGUUGAACAAACUAUACACUGUAAAUUGGAUAUUUGGUUGGUUAGCAUGUGUAUGUUUUUGUACAAGUUUGUUAUUACAUUGCUUCAUACCCAUUGGCAGGGUUGUGUAUGCUACCUUUCUACUCUACAUUUGAUUUGGAGGCUCUUGAUCCACUUCAUGAUUGGAACCCAAUGAUAGAUCUAAGAUGCAACAAAAAGUUUCAUUUUA